CCUGGGCAUCAUGCAGCGACCACGGCGCCGGGGUCGGCCAAUCAUCGCAUGACGACCAUCGAACAAUUAUCUUCACAUCAUUCCUCAACUCGGCAUUGAAAUCAGUCCUCUAUCCAAUUCCUCUGUCUAGCUCAUAUCUGGGUCAACAAUAGCACCCCUGCGCGAAGGUCCUCGACAAGAAUGCGAAGCCAGCUGAAACCUCUUCUAUCUCGACUCAAGCCCGCAACGGUUGCGCCGAAAUGCCAGCCAUGUCUACGACAGUUUGCGACCACGGCCAUUGCACGAGCGGGUCACAAUAAAUGGUCGAAAACAAAGCAUAUAAAGGCUGUUACGGACAAGAAGAAGAUGGAUGAACGCAAUACCUUCACCAAAGCCAUCGAGGUUUACUCCAGAUUAUACGGUGAUAAUCUUGCUUUCAACCCCCAGUUGGCGAGUGCUGUCUCCGCGGCGAACAAAGCUAGCAUACCCAAAACUCUUAUCGAGGGAGCUAUUGCUCGCGGUCAGGGGCGCUCUGCUACUGGAGCGAAACUCGAGCCCAUGACGAUCGAAGCCCUGUUACCUCCAAACGUCGCUAUAUUAGUCGAGGCCGAGACGGACAACAAAGCGCGAAGCAUCCCGAAUCUCAAAUUAGUCGUCAAGGAAGGGGGAGCUUUGCACAGUGCAAGCGCCUUCUACUUUACAAGACGAGGACGGGCUAUAUUCAAGAGCAAAUCACAGAAGCCCGACCUAUCAGAGCUAAUGGAAGAGGCUAUCGAGCACGAGGGUCUUGAGGAUAUCGAGGAAAUGUCUAACGGGAACAUCCUCGCCUGGGUAGAACCAGCCAUGCUCAUGUCCGUAACCCAAGCAUUCUCCAAGAAGCUUGAUCUCGACAUUGUCGAAUCCGAGUUGAUGUUCGCUCCCAACGAGGAGACAAUGGUCACCGUGGACUCGUCCGAAACGGCCGAGAUUCUUGACAACUUGUUCACCAAGUUCAAGGAAUAUCCCGAGGUCAAGGGUAUCUACGCCAAUGUCCGCCAAGGCGAUCUCGCUGAAGAAGACUGGGAACGAGUAGAAAGACAUUUGGACAUAUAGUAGAGAGUCCUUUAACAUUUUUUGUACAACAUGACAGACAAUGGUCGACCUUUGCCCAACCCCAGCCAGAACGCCACCCAUGCGCGGUAUCAUCUCCAGCGUGGUUUC